CGCACACGCCUCCUACCCAAAUCACAGCCCCGUGCAGCCCGGGCUCUCAUUCACAGCUUUCUAGAGAAAUCUGAGCUCCAACUGCCAGGAUAGGGGAUCUCACCCACCCAGUUCAGCCGCGAGGACACCUGCAGGAACACAUUCUCAAAGCAAGCCUGGGCGGCGGUGUGAAGUACGCAAUGGCCUCGGUUUUCCUUCUCUUUUGGAUGGCCAUCACCACAUAGAGCCUGGAUGUCCGGCUGUUCUCCGAGGACGGAAAGAAGACUCCGGGCUUGUCUGUUUUGGGGGCAGUCUUGUAGGAGAAGCAUCGAAUGGGCCACGGAUGCAGCACGCUCUCACGUGAAUGGGACCAGUUUCUGUUCUUCCCAAACCUCAGCGCUUAAGCAGUCGGGAAGGAGAUUUGGCCAAGAUGACACAUUUGCAGGCUGGGCUGAGUCCAGACACGAUAGAGAAAGCCCGCCUGGAACUGAAUGAAAACCCGGAUGUUUUACAUCAGGACAUUCAACAGGUCAGAGACAUGAUCAUCACCAGGCCAGACAUUGGGUUUUUACGUACAGAUGAUGCCUUCAUCCUGCGUUUUCUUCGAGCCAGGAAGUUUCACCAAGCCGAUGCCUUCAGACUCCUGGCCCAGUACUUUCAGUACCGCCAGCUAAACCUGGACAUGUUCAAAAACUUCAAGGCAGACGAUCCUGGCAUUAAGAGGGCUUUGAUUGACGGGUUCCCUGGAGUGCUGGAAAACCGUGACCACUAUGGCAGGAAGAUUCUCCUUCUAUUUGCUGCCAAUUGGGAUCAGAGUAGGAACUCCUUCACAGACAUCCUUCGUGCCAUUCUGCUGUCCUUGGAAGUCCUUAUUGAAGAUCCUGAGCUUCAGAUAAAUGGUUUCAUUUUAAUUAUAGACUGGAGUAAUUUUUCCUUCAAACAAGCCUCCAAAUUGACACCUUCUAUCCUUAAAUUGGCCAUUGAAGGGUUGCAGGACAGCUUUCCUGCCCGCUUUGGAGGUGUCCAUUUUGUCAACCAGCCCUGGUACAUCCAUGCCCUGUACACACUCAUCAAGCCAUUCCUUAAAGACAAGACAAGAAAUCGGAUUUUCCUACAUGGAAACAAUUUGAACAGCCUUCACCAGCUAAUACACCCUGAGUUUCUUCCCUCUGAAUUUGGAGGAACCCUUCCUCCUUAUGACAUGGGGACUUGGGCCCGGACAUUACUUGGUCCUGACUACAAUGAUGAAAAUGACUAUACCCACACUUCUUAUAAUGCCAUGCACGUGAAACACACCUGUUCCAACCUAGAGAGAGAAUGCUCACCCAAGCCCAUGAAAAGAUCUCAAUCUGUGGUCGAAGCUGGGACCCUGAAACAUGAAGAGAAAGGAGAAAAUGAGAACACUCAGCCACUACUGGCUCUGGACUGAGCCACACCAUGUGAUGCUCCCAUGCACAAGUCUCCCUCUAGUGGAGCAGCACCCAGGAAGCACCUGUGCAACUGACCUCCAGAAACCCGCUCAGCUUGACCGGAGGUCCUCCACUCCAUUCCAGCCAUGGCUGUCAGCAGCCAUUGGUCUGAGCAGCCCACAUUGGAUAAAGAUCUGAUAGAUGCUUUCAAACCUUAAUUUAAUAAUGAAUUCAUGUUUUAGGGAGGGGUUGGGAGAUGAAGCACGGCAUUUAUGUAAAAAUGAUCCCCCCCAUAUAUUUAUGGUAGCAAAUGUACUUUUAAAAAAAAGGAAAGACUGAAUUUGCUACAUAUACUUUAGGACAAGGACUGCUCUAAGGGUUCACACAGGAACCCUCUCCAGGUUUUGCAAAUUAAGAUAAUGUGCAUUUCCAAAUAAAUACAACAGAGUUAAACCGUGCAGACACAGCAUCAAGUUUAAUGGCGUGCAGAACCCCAAGACAAUAGUAGCUCUAAUAAUUUUCAGUUUUAUUAACUUAUUUUCUGACCCAUCACCAGCAUCUAAGUGGUCUUGUUGUUUGCAAAGGUUUUAAUUUAAAUAUCCCUAUCCCAAAAGAAUGAUUUGGACAUAACAUUGUUUGUCAGACCACCAGCUGACUUCAUGAACUGGUUUUUUAGAAGUCACAGACAGUUGAAAAAUAACUGCCUCAUCUUAGCAAAGUGAUUUCCUGUAGGCAUCUGGGGGAAUGUCUACAGAGAGAAAGCAAUUCAUUGAAAAAACAAACAAACAAACAAACUGAUGAGUGAUGAGUCCAUUCAAGUUAGUCUCACCAUCCUACGAACUGUGGAGAAAGGCCCUGAGUGGGUAGAUAGUCUAUCACACAGAAAGACCCUUAAGGAUGGCUCAGCAUGUAAGUCCCAAGCUAAGAAAAGACUAGGAACACAAGAUGAAAUGCCAAAGACCAAUCUACUUCUUUAUCCAUUCUCCUUAGAAAUGGACCCCUAGUACCCAUUCACAGGAAGUCAGAAAGAAAACAGAUGUCAAAGGUUAGAAUAUUUUAUUUACACCAUGUUUCCUAGACCAGCUGAGUAUAUGCAGAUAUCUCAUCCCUCACCUAUCUGUAGGACAUAGGCACUUACUAAUAUGACCAGAGUGAUUAAUAUCAAAUGAAAAUUUUAAUUGAUAUUGAUUAGUGAAAUGUUUUACAUUUUAAGCAUUUGGUAGGUUGAUUUGUUAGUUGAACAACCUAAAGGAAACAGGAAACCAAUUCAACUUUCAACCAGUCACAAUCACCUAAACAAUAUUGCUAGUUGUGGACACAUUUCUCUUCUGUCUCCCUUUUCCUUUUCCUGCCUCUUUCUUUCUUUCCUUUCCUUUCUUUCUUUCUCUCUCUCUUUCUUUCUGCCUCUUUCACUAUUCCUCACCCUUUGUCUCUUCUUCUCCCUUUGUUUUUUCCUGUCUCUCUCUUCCUUCCCUCUCUCCCUCCCUCCUCCCCUCUCUUCGUCCCUCCAUCCCUUCCUCCUCCCCUCCUGCCCACAAAUGCUGGAGAUCAAACUUGUCUUUCUAGGCCAAAUAUUCUACUCCUGAGCCCUGAGCUACAUUCUAGACAUACACUCUUUCUCAGUCUAUCUACUGGUUUAUUAUUUUUUUCUACUAGCAGGUUAAUAGUAACAAAACCUACUUUUAUGUUCCAAACUUGAAGGAGUAAAAUUGAAACAUAAUUUAAAACAGGUCUCAAACAAUUGUAUCGUAGUAUAUAGAAACACCAAUUCAUUUUGUAUAGACCAAUUGACUCAUAAAACAACAACCCUGAAAAACAUCUCCCAAGGCAUUGGUGGAAACUCUUUUCUUAUGAUACAAGUAAGAGAAAGGAAAAAUUAAAGUGAAUUAGAAAAUCUUUUAUUGCUUGGGUUCAUAAAACAAAUGUGGUAUCCAAGUACUCAAAUGCUGUUGGCAUCACUGUCAACUCGUGUAAUUGUAAAGGUUCUUCUGACUUUCACAUGACAAUAGUUAGAAUCCUACUGUGAUGACCAUAUUUUAAAAACCACAUUAUAUAUGCUAAGUCAAACGCUAAUUUUCACUCAUUUCCACAAUUUUUAUUACAUGAAUGUAAGGUGACGGUUUAACAAUGAGAACAUAUGGUUUGUAUUUCAUUAUGUGUAUGUAAUAUGUAGGAGAACCAAACCAGUAGGCGACCGAGUGUUACUACAUGAACACUGGACUGUAUUGCCUUUUGUCAGUAAAUUCCUCCGUUUAAUAAAUACUGAAGAACACAAA